AUGUGUUGGAGACGAUCUUCGCCGUGUGUUUAGUUUGGUUGAGUGUUGUUGGAACUUGGAACGCAGGAGAGUUUCCAGCGUAUCGGCGGCGGCAAGGGAUAGGUGGGAAUUUGGGUGUUGCUAAGUACGGCGAUGUAAUUUCGGGGAGUGGAAUUGCGUGGGUUCGUCAAGGAGGAGGAAGUGUUCGUCGAGGACACCUCCUUUUUGGCGAUUUGAUCAUACGAAACUCAUCUAGGAGUGGAGGAGAAGGGCGGCCGGAGUGGCGGGCGUACCACUCGGUGCGAAAUCAGAGAGAAAGGUGACUACUAAUUGUAUUUGUGCAGUGGUAUUUCUCAUCGUUAAGGAAAGGUGGCACUAAUUCACAACAAGUGCUCGAUGACAGAUCAUUAUUAUGCUCCUCUGCGGCUUAUUCUUGUCAUGACAUUGAGUGCCACCUGUUUUGGCUCUGAACUUGAUAUCCAAUGCUUGAAAACUUUAAUCUUAUCGGUGACUGAUCCCAAUGGUAUACUCAAAUCCUCAUGGAAUUUUGUCAACAACGGUACUCCUGGUUACAUCUGCAAGUUUACUGGGGUGGAAUGCUGGCACCCAGAUGACGACCGAGUUCUUUCUUUGCGCCUCGGCAACCUUGGUCUUCAGGGUCCAUUCCCCCAAGGUCUUCAAAACUGUACUAGUAUGACUGGGCUAGAUUUGUCGAAUAACAAUUUUACAGGACCUAUUCCUCUGGAAAUCUCCCGGCAAGUACCUUAUUUGACAUCACUGGACCUCUCCUACAACGGGUUCUCUGGCCAAAUCCCACCAAAUAUAUCAAAUAUGACAUAUCUAAACUCGCUCAAUCUCCAACAUAACCAGUUGACUGGUUCAAUUCCACCGCAGUUCAGUCUUCUUAGUCGGUUAAACUCAUUCAAUGUUGCGGAGAACCGACUAACAGGCCCCAUUCCAACUAGUCUACAGAAAUUUGCGCCAUCAAAUUUUGCUGGUAAUCAAGGCCUUUGUGGGACACCAUUGGAUGGCUGCCAAGCUUCAGCAAAGAGCAAGAACACUGCAGCAAUCAUCGGAGCUGUUGUUGGUGUUGUAGUUGUGAUCAUAAUUGGUGUGAUAAUUGUAUUCUUUUGUCUGCGGAAAUUACCAGCCAAGAAGAAGGAAAAGGACGAGGAAGAAAAUAAAUGGGCAAAGAGUAUCAAAGGAACAAAAACUAUCAAGGUUUCUAUGUUCGAGAAUCCAGUUUCAAAGAUGAAACUAAGUGAUCUUAUGAAGGCUACCAAUGAGUUUAGCAAAGAAAACAUCAUAGGUACUGGGAGGACAGGAACUAUGUACAGGGCAGUGCUGCCUGAUGGUUCUUUUCUUGCUGUCAAAAGGCUACAAGAUUCACAGCAUUCUGAAUCUCAAUUCACGUCGGAAAUGAAGACACUUGGCCAAGUAAGGCAUCGCAACUUAGUUCCUCUCCUAGGAUUUUGCAUCGCUAAGAGGGAGAGGUUGUUGGUGUACAAGCACAUGCCCAAAGGUUCACUCUAUGAUCAGUUAAAUCAAGAAGAAGGCAAAGACAGUAAGAUGGAUUGGCCCCUGAGGUUAAGAAUAGGUAUCGGUGCAGCGAAAGGUCUUGCAUAUCUUCACCACACUUGCAAUCCUCGAGUCCUUCAUCGCAAUAUAAGCUCCAAGUGCAUCCUCCUAGAUGAGAACUACGAACCAAAGAUAUCAGAUUUUGGACUUGCUAGGCUUAUGAAUCCAAUAGACACCCACCUUAGCACCUUUGUUAACGGAGAAUUUGGAGAUCUUGGUUAUGUGGCACCAGAGUAUGCACGUACUCUGGUGGCCACGCCAAAGGGUGAUGUGUACAGCUUUGGUGUGGUUCUUCUUGAGCUUAUCACCGGUGAAAGGCCUACUCAUGUUUCAACUGCACCGGAGAAUUUCAGAGGGAGCCUGGUAGAGUGGAUCUCCUACCUUUCAAACAAUGCACUCCAAGAUGCCGUUGACAAGUCGUUAGUAGGGAAGGGCAGUGACGGUGAGCUAAUGCAGUUUCUGAAAGUUGCAUGCUCUUGCACAAUUUCCACUCCAAAGGAGAGGCCAACAAUGUUUGAGGUUUAUCAGCUCCUCAGAGCCAUUGGAGAGAAGUACCAUUUCUCAGCGGAGGAUGACUUGAUGCUGCCACCUACUAGCACAGAUGGAGAAAUCCUGGACGAGCUCAUUGUUGCCCGGUAACUGCAAAUCCAAUAUUUCGCGGAAGGCACCCAAGAUUGCAUGGUUUUUCUCCUGCAAGUUUACCCUCUUUCCAUGGGCAUUGUCCAUGCUCAAAUGAGUGAAGCGCUUUACAUGAUGUAUUAAGUAGUAUCAGUAUACUGCAUUCACUGUAAGCAGCAUACUGCCCUCCGCUGUAUAAAUUUUUGUAGCUUGGCUGUUAUCAACACUUGGGAGGUGCUAAUAGCAGCAAUGAUAAUCACUCACAACUAAUAUGAGGAUAGGGUGUUUGCUAGUUUGUUCCUCGUGAAUAUGUGAUAGGAGCCAUUGUCAUGUGCCAAUUUGUGCCACGGGAUGAUGAAGCAGAUUACCAAAUUGUUCCAGCCAAAGUGCAUGAUCAAUCUACAUACAGAAUAUAUAUGCAAGCAAGCUUGGGAAUUUCAACAUGCAGUGUACACACUUGUUAAAGCAAGAGGUCAUAGUUUUGUGAAUCAAUGCUAGCUUUUGCUGGUCAAAACUAUUCUCAUUUCUACAAAAGCUUCUGUUGUUGGUCGCAUCCUAGCCACUUCUAUUGUUGAAAUAUGCAGAAAUAUCAAGAUUAAAGAAAUGAAUGGCGUAGGAAUAAUGCAAAUUAAGCCGUUUUCUUUUAUCUUGUAAAAUAUGUCGCCUUUGUUAGUCAAAACGUUUACCUGGUCUUAAAGGGCAGCGUGCGU